CUAAGGAGGGCUUUAUUUUUGUGAGAUUCCCUAGCUUUGAGAUUCGCUCUGGUGUCGCAACUAUUCGUGCAGGUCUAUCCUUCAAAGGAUCCCUCAUUCUCCGAUACUAUGGCCCUGAACCCAACCAAACCCAAGUCCAGCGUGCGCCUGGUUUUCUUUGGCGCGGCUGGCGUGGGCAAGACUGCGCUGAUCCAGCGCUUCCUAGCUGACACAUUUGAGUCUCAGCACAAGCGCACGGUGGAGGAACUGCACUGUCUGGAGUAUGAACUGGACGCGCAGCAGGUGCGCGUGGAGAUCAUGGACACGAGCGGCAGCUAUUCGUUCCCGGCCAUGAGGCAGCUGGGGAUCCGCCGUGGGGACGCCUUUGCCCUAGUUUACUCGCUUCAGGAACCCGAGUCCUUCCAGGAGGUGCGGCGGCUGCGCGCCGAGAUCCUGGAGACCAAGGGGGAAGCGCCCAGCCCGCCGCCCAUCGUGGUGGUGGGCAACAAAAGCGACCUGGCGCCCAAUGGGAGCUUCCCCGACGCCGUGAUCGCUGCCGUGGAGCUCGAGUGGGGCGGCAUCUACCUCGAGGCGUCCGCCAAGCGAGGGGAGAACGUGCUAAGCCUCUUCCAGGAGCUCCUGCAGCUCGCGCAGCUGCCCUGCCACCUCAGCCGCCUCAGCCCAGCGCUUCGGCGUCGCCGCCAGACUUUCCCAGUAGGAGCUCCGGAUGGGACGGUGGAGACGGUCUCCACGUCCCGAGCUGUGAUGCGCAAGCGCCACAGCUGCGCCGUGUCUUAGCGCUCGCGGCUCCCUUUUCCCGGAGCGCCCCAAACCCAGCGAGAGAAAGCACAACCCCAGCUUAGUGCCCUUCCCUUUCUCAGUUCUCUCCGGCACUGUGGUUCAUCCUCUUGAAGCAGACCCUGGCUGAAGCUGCUGCGGCUAUCCUGCCACUGCUGACUCGCCUUUCCCCGUUAGGGGCGCAGUUGAGCUGUUUGCUGGGCCCCGUGAGACCCGGACUCAGACUGGCUCGUCCCUGCGUGAUUAGGUCGGUGUGGGGUUAUGUGUCCACCAUGCCAGCGUUCCUGUUCUUGGAUGGGCGGGGUGGAAAACGAGGUGCCAAAUCUGAAUAACCCGAAAGUCCUGGAGCUGCAGAUUGGCUCUGAAGUGUGGGCUGCUGGACUGUUGUGGGGACGCUGGUCCUACAGAAGACUGGGACUCUACUUUGGGGUAGAAUAGCUGUAAAAAACAAAAACAAAAAACCCAGCGUCUUCCAUGCACUUAAAUCGGGGGGCACUUUGAGGAAGAUGGGGCUCGAAGAUUCCUUCCAGCUCCAAUCCCAUCACACUAUGCAUAGGAGAAGCUCUUUUCUUGACUAUGCAGUGGAAAGUGCCUAAUGUGACAGAUCUCAGAAAAAAUAGCAUCCAUGGUAAGCUGUCAAGGUUACGUUUAAUCGCGUUUGCAACGCCCGGAACUUUAAUCAUUUGUGCGGGAGCAGGCAUGUUAUCUUCAAGGGACACCAUUAACAGUUGUUUUCUUCUAUCUACGUGAUACCCUGGCAGCUGCUACGUUCCUAAGCAUCCUCAUUGUUUUAGCUUGUAGGUUGUAAACCCUGCAGGGGCAAGGACUGACUGUUGCAUGCAUGCAUUCUAUAUUUGAUAUACAAAUUUGGUUCUUCUAAUUCAGGAGUGUGUCCCUGAGGUUGGGUGUAAAUAUUUGUAAAUAAAUUUCUAUUAAUUACAGUAAAGGAGUUCCCUCCUCCUUCAGUUAAAGUUUGAUUACAGAGCUAAAGUUUACUAGGUGCUUCCUGCACAUUUACUUUCUUCAGAUCCUCACAACAACACUGAGGUAAGUGCUGUCUCUCCCAUGUUACAGCUGAGGAAAUAGGCUUAUUCCCAGAGUCACACAGUUUGUUAGUUUCUGUGCAUGACUCCAAGGGCAAUGCUUUCUUUCGAAGACAAAAUCAUUGGCAUCCCUUAGCUAGAUCCCUUUUUCAUUUGCUCCUCACAGCCACCCCUUAAGGCAAACAGUAUAAGCGCCAUUAUCUCUAUAACACAGAAAAGAAAACCGACUCAAAUGUUAAAUUACUUAUAACACUAAUAAGUAUUAGAACCAAGACCUCUGAUUCAAAUCUUCAAUAGCUCAUCAGUUUUGCCUGGUUCAGUCCAAUUUUUUAUUUUUUAUUUUUAUUUUUCCAGUCAAGUCUGACUCUGUGGCUCCAUUUGGCGGUUUCUUGGCAAAGAUUCUGGAGUAAUCUGCCAUUUCCUUCUUCAAAUUUUGUCUAAAAUUAAAUCAAACACUGUACAGAUAUAUGAAAUAAAAGUUCAUCAUUAAAAGUUUUUUGAGGAAGGAAGAGUAAAGUAGAACACAAGUUUAUAGUCCUUUAAAAAAAAAAAAAAGGAAGAAAUUCUUUCCUAAUAAGGCACAGUGGUAUGGUAAAUAGAGUAAAUUAGGAAGAUGUGGGUUCAAAUCCUGCCUCUGAUGCAUAUUAGCUGUUCCACCAGGUGUUUAGCUUUUCUGAACUGCCCUCAUAUAUAAAAUGGGAAAAAUAGCACCUACUUCACAGUUGUUGUGAGAUUGAAAUGAGAUGAUAUGUAUAAAGUCUACUGUAAAACUUUAGCUAUAUGAUCACUACAAGUUUUUCAGUAAAGGAACAUAGGAACUUUAUAGAGAUCUGCAAAAGGACAUGUACAAACAGGCUACUGUUACCACUAUUCCUUUCUUUCUCCUUUACUUUCAAAGACUGAAGAAGUUUGGAGAUUUAAAUUGUUUUAAAAAUGUUUUUUCAAGCUUAGGAAGAAGAGAACAGUUUUUGUUAUUAUAUUACUAGCUAAUAAGUAGAAGCAAUUUCCCCAAAUAAAUUCAUAAACUUUAUAGGAAAUCACCAGGCUCUUUGUAUUUGGCCAUACAUCCAUUUCUAAUUACUAAAGCCCAUUUGUUCCUAUUUACAAAGGGAAGGGAAGGCCCCACCCAUUCAUAUUUCCUCUUCUUGCUUCCCAGUCUGGACUCUUGUUUAUUAGAUCUGAAACAUAGUUAUUUUAGGGUUAAUCAUUCUUAAAGUAGACACUACACAAGAUUAUCAGAAUUAUUAUUAUAAAGGAUAUACAAUAGUUAUCACAAGUUACUAUUAGUUACUUUUUCAACAUUUGUCAAACCCAGUGCUAUUUACAAUGAUGUGUGCUGUAUGUAUGUAUGUCCUAGUAAGCAUCAAAGCCCAUUUGAACUUUCAGAAAUUUCCACUUUUUAGGUCAGACACAAAUAUCCAUGGACUAAAGACAUUAUAGAAGAUUUUAAUAUGUUCUCAAAAGACAAUUCUGUUCUCUUAACUACCUUUGGAUUCUUCUGAGGCUUCCCUUCUAAAAUUAAUAAUAAGUGGGUGGAAAUGUUUCAUAAAGGUUAAAACACUGGCUUCUAUCUAAAUGCUUCUGGUGAGGGUAGGGUGGUAGUAUACUUAAUUUUUAACUGUUCUGAAAACUGCUUAUCUGUUCCAUCCUUCCUCAGUCCUAACUCUGUGUCUUACCACUGAUUAUUCAGUUACCACUCUUUUUUUAAAUAAAAAAUUUAAUUAA